UUGCUCUCAUCCAUCAUCACAUUCCCUACCUUGGCGUAUUUCUGUCAUGCAGGGAACGACAUACUCGGUGACCAGUACAUGGCAUGGGCAGGAUAUGCAGAAAUACCCAGCGUGGUCGAACGCAGAAUACGACCACGAGCGACGUCCGUUACGCGCCGCCCAAAUCCAUGUCGACGGCUCUCUACUUCCAAGUGCCAUACCGCCCACACCGAGUUACGGCGCAUACGACUUCUCUUCAAACACCGCUUCUCAAUCGGGAUCGCGCCACUGGACGAAGGACCAUGGACCGAUGGACGUGGACGCGCCUAACACGGAUGAACGCCACUCUUCCACAUCGAACACCUUCCUCCCCACACCACCCCUUACGAACAGGUCGCCCAUAGGGCCUACAAGCUUACUGCCUUCCUUGAAUCCCCAAGUUUCUGCCCAAGCAGCAUCUUCAACAACCAUCUUGCCGCAGACAUUCUUCUCAUUCGAUACCCGCAUAUCCAUCAGCAUUCAAGGACGCCCCAUAACUCUGGACCUUCGUGCACUCGAGAACGACCCGCAAGUGAUCAUGGAGCUCUUGCGAGCGACGGACGCGGAACGUGCCAAUUGGCUGAUCGCUGCAGUGUACUUUCGCCGCGCCGGUAAUCCCGCAGCUGCUAUUGCUAUCGCUAACUCUCUAAUUGAAGUCAUGAAUGCGCAUAGCGUCCAAGAACAGGAUCGCCAUCCCGCGUAUAUCUUGCUUGCCGGAUGCGAGUCUGACCUGGGCAAAGUGGCCCGGCGUGUGGAUCCUGACAAUGGAGACGCGAAGAGGCAUUUCGAGAGCUCUCGACGCUGGUUGCAAAGGGUGUACGGCGUCAACGUGCCGGACGAUACCACUCCGCUUGGUACGACAAUGACGACACCACUCACAACGACCUCGCGACCGGACAAAGACACGCCUCGCGCGCCGCAUUCUGCACAAGACCAACAGGGAGCGGAAGUCUCUUCGCCUACGAGUUCGCGUAUCGCCAAGUACAACAAGGUCCUCGAGCGGGAGGUGGAUUGCCUCCGGGACAGACAGAAGCGCAACGAGGGUAUUAUGGACGAACUCCGCCGCGAGAAGCGAAGAGCCGAGGACGAACUGGAGAACGAGAGAACUGUACGACGCCGUCUGGAACGGCAGGUGUCCGAGCUGGAAGUGGAACGGGAUUCGGCUCUGCGCAUGGAGGCUACCGCCUUACAGCAAGCACGACAAGAGGUGGAAUCUCGACGGCGGGUGCAGGAGGCCCUGGCGGAAGAGCAGGAGCGCAGGCGGGAGUUGGAGAGCAGAACUGGCCAGGUUCAAGGUCGACCGCUUCUGGAGGAUCUCGCAAGGUUAUUCCAGCAGACGUCGCAGGAGAGGUUCCCGACGACUGGCAACACGACGCCCUACGGUGGAUACGCGACGCACGGUUAUGGCUCGCCGUCCACCUUCCGCUAAUACACGCAUCGGAAACGCAGCAUAGGCAUUUUGUAGCACUCAGUCAUUCACGGGUUGCAUGGAUCAAUUGUAGCAUUUUGCAUGGA